UCGAAGACAAACUCUACUUUUCCCCAUUUAUACUCCAUUACGAGUUGCAUAAGGCACAGGUAUUAGCCAAAAAGUUCGCGUUCCCAACUUAUUUGUUUCUCUCUUGAAAAUCAGGAUGGCUACCUCCCUUUGUACUCAUGUUCCCGCCCUCUUUCUUCUUCUUCUUCUUGUUUCAGCUCCAUGCAAUGCAGGUAUUCUCAGGACAUGCAAGUUCGAUGCCAUAUAUCAGCUGGGGGAUUCCAUAUCCGACACCGGAAAUCUAAUCCGGGAGCACCCUUUCUCUCCUUUUGCUAGGCUUCCUUACGGUGGAACCUUCUUCAAGCAUGCAACCGGUAGAUGCUCCAAUGGCUUACUCAUCAUCGAUUUUCUAGCUUUAUCUGCUGGAAUCCCCUUCCUCCAGCCCUAUUUAAACAGUAAUGCACUAUUCACUCGUGGCCGUGGGGUGAAUUUCGCGGUUGCUGGCUCCACUGCGUUACCUGUGGAGACUCUAGCUGAUAAUGGAGUUGUUGCCCCUGUUACCAAUUCUUCUCUUAGCAGGCAGCUUGACUGGAUGUUCACCCAUUUUAAUGGCAUAUGCCACGAUGAGGAUGAUUGUUUGGAGAAGCUUAAAACGGCUCUUUUCAUCGUUGGGGAGAUUGGAGGGAAUGAUUAUUACUACGCCUUGUUUCAAGGCAAAUCCUUUGACCAAGUCAGAUCCAUGAUGCCCUUGGUUAUUCAAGCCAUAAAGGAUGCUGUAACAAGAGUUGUUGGUUAUGGUGCCACUCGAGUGAUUGUUCCCGGAAACUUUCCAAUAGGCUGCUUCCCGGUCCACCUCACGGUAUUCCGGUCCAAUGAUUCCGAUGCCUACGACGGUUUCAAUUGCCUCAAGGACUUGAACAACUUGUCAAGCCAUCAUAACGGCCUUCUCAAACAAGCCAUUAAAGAAUUGAGAAAAGAACUCCCUCAUGCCACCAUAUUGUAUGGCGACUACUACAAUGGAUACAUGAGGCUUUUGAACAAAGCUAAAUUUCUUGGUUUGGAUCCAAAUUCAACACAAAAAGCUUGUUGUGGGAUUGGAGGAGAUUACAACAUGGAGCUGAACAAAAUGUGUGGAGCAGCAGAAGUGGGAGUGUGUAAAAAUCCAGAUGAAUAUAUAAGCUGGGAUGGAGUUCAUUUGACGCAAAAAGCUUAUCAGUUGAUAUCAGGAUGGCUCAUUCAUGGCGUUUAUUGGAAGCUUCGAUGCGGGGUUUGAGCAUGUCAUGCCUUUGUUUUAGUAUUUCUGUAUAGGCAUUGCAUAUUUUUUGGAUGCGGGGUUUGAGCAUGUCAUGUCUUUGUUUUAUUAACUUAAGAAUCAUAUUUUCCAUAAAUUACUAAUUAACAUAA